CGAAGACAAGAAACUAUUAGUAAAGCAGUAGGUUAAGGGUGGAGUGGGCUGAAAGGGGAAGUUCACGUGCUAUACAUUUAAACUUAACGGAUCUAAAAACAGACCUCUGAUAUGAUUCGUGAUAAUAUUUCCAUCCUUUUAGAAAGUGAAAGAACAACUGAGCAGAGGAAGUAUUUCUGUUCCUAGAAAAAGGACAGGAGAGCAGCUUGCAGGCUGUGGGAGAACUUGUUGCAGAACUGUUGAAGAAAAGUUGACAUCUCAUCAUCCCUGAGAACACUCUCCCACAGCUGUCCCCCUCAAUCUCACUGCCAAAUAUUCCUUCACAUGUCUGUAAUGGCCAACUCCACAGAAGGUAGCAUAACCCCUACUGAAAGCAAAUCUGACACAUCACCCAUAUCCAUUCAGGGACCAUACUUUGAAGCCAUAGUUGGAGUUGUCAUUGCUGUGGUGGUUCUGGUUCUGCUCCUCCUCCUGGCCGUCAUUCUGCGAUACAUGUACAAGCACAAGGGCACAUAUCAUACCAAUGAGGCCAAGGGCACAGAGUUCGCAGAGACAGCAGACGCUGCUCUGCGUGGAGACCCUGCCCUGCAGGACGCCAUGGAUGAGAACAAGAAAGAGUAUUUCAUAUGAGACACAGUAGCCGGCCUUUUAUACACAUCAUAUAAUAAACUCCUACAGGCACACAUGAUGCCUCAAUCCUGUUUGCUGGAGCAGUGAAGUAACUGACUGAGCUCCCCGCUAACAGAAACAAACACAAAGAGUAUUGUGAUAUUUCUUCUAUAUUUCAAUAACUGAGAUUGUUUAUAUUUAUUUGUUCCUCAAAAAGAGGUAAUAUUGAGUGCAGGUGAUAGAAUAUGCCACACUCCUGCUAUAUAAGAACAAACAUCAGCUCAGGAGAAUAAGUUGGUAUUCAGAUGAAGGGAAUGAAAGCCUUUGAUCUCAUUACACAGAAUGUGAAUGAUAGGUGAUAUACGAAGACAUUGAAAUCAACACUGUUAAAAAACAAGAAUGUGAAAUUAAUUGGUUUCAUAUUCUAUUUACUGUAUAUGACAUAUGUGACCCUGGACCACAAAACCAGCCAUAAGGGUCAAUUUUUUUAAAUUGAGAUUUAUGGUUUGGUAGGAUAGGACGAUACUUGGCUGAGAUACAACUAUUUGAAAAUCUGCAAAAAAAAUCGAAAUAUUGAGAAAAUCGCCUUUAAAGUUGUCCAAAUGAAAUUCUUAGCCAUGCAUAUUACUAAUCAAAAAUUAAGUGUUGAAAUUUACAAAAUAUCUUCAUGGAACACUAUCUUUACUUAAUAUCAUGAUUUGUGGUGUAAAAGAAAAUGGAUAAUUUUGACCCAUACAGUGUAUUAUUGGCAAUUGAUACAAACUAUGACUGGUUUUGUGGUCCAGGGUCACAUAUAUAAGAAUCAGGUAUCAGAUUCAUAAAUAUUUUCUUAAGAAAGAAGUAAGAAGUUAAAUACGAAGAAGCUUUUUAAAGAACAUCUUAUUUGUCUGAUUGUAUGGCAGUUCUUGCCAAAGACUCACCGAUCAACUCAAUAUUAAACACCUCAAAAGCAUCUUUUUGCUCUGCCUGCAGAUUAAUCUAAUGAUCAUAAUAAACAUGCACACUAUUUUCUUUGUGACUUGUUUUACGGGAGUUUAGUACUCAAUGUCACAUUUUUAAUGCUUCACAUUUUUUAAAUAGUUACUUUUACAGAGCCUGUCUCAACUUUCUUUCAAGAUCUCAACUUUCUUUUUACUUGUCCCAGAACAUAAAACACAUUAUUCAGCAGUUCAGCUUUUAAUAAUAGGUAAAACAGUGAGGGAAAAGCCACUGUGUUAUUAGAGGCAGAAAUAUGUCGUAUCCAUCUUAAUAUGUACAUACACUUUUAGAACAAUAGGGUAAAAAAGUUGUCACUGGGGUGGUACCUUUUUAAAAUAAACCUUGUACCUAAAGUGUGCAUUUUAAUACCUUAAAGGCACAUAUUAGUUCCUUUUGAAGCUUUUGUACAUUGUUCUGUUUUUACUGUGGUGAUUCUAAAUGUAACUAUUUUUCUGCUUGUGGGGAAAAAAAUGUAAGAAUGUCUAAGAUUUAAUUGUUAGACUGAUCUAAUAAAAUGUUGCUUUCUAAUUAGAAGCAGUAUUAGAGUCAGUGGAGUAAAUGAAUGAGAAAAGUAUCUGCUUCAGAUGCCUUAACUUUUUAAUUUCAUCUAUAGUAAUGCUUUUGGCAACAAAUAAAAUGAAUUCUAUCA